CCUUAAAUUCCAAAGUAUUUUUUCCUCCUUCGUUAUCAAAUAACUAAUUCUUGAAUUUCAGAGGAUGUGUGUGUGCCCAACAUUUUUUAAUUAUUAUUUUUCCUUUUUUUUUCUUUUUCGUAAUUGCAAUUUCUGGGGGAUGUGAAGGACGAAGGUAAAUCAUGCAUGUACGUCUGUACGUUCAAAUGAAUGCGAAUCCAUGAGUAUUUGUGUGUACGUGUUUAUAAAUCCGUGUGUGUGUAUCCCAGCUACUAUAUCUCCUGUGUACGUACGCAUUUGCAGCCACGUGCAUGUAUGGCCGUGUGUGUACAUAAAAACGUUUUUAUCGACCUGGCAGAGAUACGUAAUCAGUGAUAGCGAUAAGAAAAGUCUUCUCUAUCCACCCCUUAUUCAGAUUAGUCAAGCUGAAGGGACCGACACGGGUUUAUAACACACCAUAACACAUCACGGGCUUAGGAUCUCCUGUUACUGUAACUGGUCAUAAGCCUUUGUCGUAUUUCCCAAGAAAGCGCCGGGUCACGAGAUGUGUUUAGAAACGGAGAAUUGUGUGUGUUGUUUGGGUUCGAGACUGGGUACUGUGGUGGCCGCGACUGUUGGCUUGGUUAUCGGCGUGAUAGUAACAACCCUUGCUUCUGAAAACCUCGUUUUACUCAUCGAAAGCGGGUCCCAAACAGCCCAUUAUGGUACCUUCCUCUUCUUCUAUUGCUUUGCAGUUACAGUCUCUCUCGCCUACAUUGUCAGUUCGUUCGCCAUGAUGAUGACUGCGGAAAGGAGAGUGGUGUUAGUAAUGGCUGUCUGGGUUGGUGUGACAGUGCUGCAGAUGACAGUCCUCGUUGCAUAUACCACCGUGCACCAUUGCAACGUCGCUAGCUUAAUACUUACCGGGUUGGCGGUAGUUAGUCUGGUGUUUCAUAUCUUCGUUGUGUAUUCGCACUGCAGGAUGAUACGACUAGGUUACGAGCCGGUGUAAAACAGGGAACUGGUGAAGGAAAAUACAAUAAAACGCAAGAUAUUGUCAGAGGAAGAAAAAUCACCAUAUGAAAUUUGUAAAUGUUUGAAGAGCAAUGUAAUGUUUCUUUUCCAGGUAAUGGUUAUAUAAGAGCCCCCCC